GCCUCCCGCGACCAUGUGGCACUUCUCCACCUCGGCCAUAGCGCCCUACUCCACCAACUUUCUGCUGGUGCCCAUCCCCGAGUGCCCCGGGCCCGUCUGCUCACCCCCGGGCAAGGCCAUCAAGAUCGUGGUGCUGGGGGCCAGCAGUGUCGGCAAGACUGCCCUGGUUGUCCGUUUCCUCACCAAGAGAUUUAUUGGCGACUAUGAGGCCAACACCGGUUCCUUGUACUCUCGCCAGUUCACUCUUGAUGGGGAAGAAAUCUCUCUCCAGGUUCAGGACACCCCCUAUGUGGCCCUGGAGGAGAAUAGUGAGGUCAUCGUUUGCCAGGAGCAGGUGAACCGCUCCAUCUAUUGGGCGGAUGGUUUCGUGUGCGUCUACUCCAUCACCGACCACGCUAGCUACCGCAUCAUCCGGCCCCUGUACCAACACAUCCGCAAGAUUCACCCCAAUGCCAACAUCCCCCUACUGCUGUUGGGCAACAAGGGUGACCUGCUCAGGGCCCGCCAAGUGUCCCCAGAUGAGGGGGAGCAGCUGGCUGGGGAGCUGGGUGGAAGUUACUCGGAGGUGUCUGCCCGGGAGAAUUUCGACAGCGUGAACGAUGCUUUCCAGCAGCUGUGCCAGCUGGUGGGCCGCGUCGGGGGUGGCGGCAGUGGCCCCAGUGUUGGCCCCAGUGCCAACGCCAACGCCAAUGCCGGCGCCUGCAGCAGUAUCUGUGUGGAAAAGCGCAGAGGCCUCCACCUGGCCCGCCCCAAGUCCCCCAACAUGCAGGACCUGAAGCGGCGCCUGAAGCAGGCCCUCUCCUCCAAGAGCAGGUCCGCUACUGCCCCAGCCCCAGCCAACAACAUCUGAAAAAGUCCUGGCAUGGGGAGGGGGGAGCUCCAGCUAGGAGAUCCCUGGCUCCUUAUGGUUCUAUUUUGUGUUACUGGCCUUGUGGGUUUGUGGUUAUGUUGUGGUGUGCCCUUGCAUGUGUGUUUGUGCUCAUUUGGGGUGGGGGGAUGCUGUGAAUCAAGGGCCCGGAAGGAGAGAGCUCAGCCCAGAGAGUUGAAUGCCCAUGGGCCAAGACACCUUGGUUUGGGUAAGACUGGGCAAGGACCAGAGGACUUAGAGGGGUAACAGCUUCCCUUUCUGAUCAGUGAGAAACCCCAAUCCUCACAUGAACCCUGUGAGGUGGGCCCUACAAACAUCUUUCUUCUCAUUUGACAGAAGUGGAAACUGAGGCUAAGAAGCAGCUUGCCCAAGUUAGUAGCUGAGCUAAGACUUAAAACCAGGUCUUUUAAGUCCAAGUACAGUGCUUUCUUCACUACAUCCCAACUGCCCCAUCCAUGCUCUAGGGAACAUCAAUUGGUUUUAGGAGACACCCCAUUCCUCCCUUUCCCCCAGUAAUGGAGCAGAAACAAGGCAAGUAUUGCUGACUGGGAGGGUUCCUUGGCGGGGGACGGGCAUCCCCCACUGGUCUACAGCAAGUAGAAUGUAAGCUCCCUGAGAGCAGGGGUUAUCUCGCUUUUGUAUUUGUGUUUCCAGCGCCUGGCAUG